AUGGCCCCCCAGUUUGUUCCACCACCCCAUACCACGCUCCACGUGCCUCCACUGCUCCUUACCACGCCCCACGUGCCUCCACCGCACCAUACCACGAGUCACUCAGCUGCGGCUCACUCACAUGCCCACCACGUGCGCACAGGCCCGCCCCAUCUGCUCUCCAUGCCACCCGCACUGCAUGCUGUGCCGCCCGUGUCUGCCGCCCUUUCUGCCCCUGCCACCCUUGCUCCACCUGCUGCCCCUGCUGCACCUGUUGCUGCUGCUGCCGGUGGGGUGUCAGCAGCAGGCGUGGCGGGUGAUGGUGCUGGUGCUGGUGCUGGUGCUGUUGAUGGUGCUGGUGAUGGUGCUGGUGCUGGUGCUGGUGCUGGUGCUGGUGCUGGUGCUGGUGCUGGUGCUGGUGAUGGUGCUGGUGCUGGUGCUGGUGCUGGUGCUGGUGCUGGUGCUGGUGCUGGUGCUGGUGCUGGUGGCGGCAGCAGCGGCGGUGCAGCAGCAGCUGCUGCUGCUGGCGGUGGUGGUGGUGGCGGUGGUGGUGGUUUCGGGUUUGAGUUGGACCUAAAUGCGCCAUUAGACGAGGACGAAGCUGAUGCUCAAGGUGGAAACGAAGGCGAAUUUGAAGGUCAAGGUCAGUUCGAAUCUAAAACAAGGGGUGAAGCGGAGGAUAAAAGAGCAGCAAAAACUGAACGUGAAAGUGCAGAUGGCGGUGCUUACUCAGCCAGAGGUGGUGCUGACUCAGCGCGAGGCGGUGCUGACUCAGGCCAGGACCGCAGCACGGUCACUGAUGCGAGCGGUGCUGCUCUGAGUGGUGGGGGCGAGAGAAUGGUGGGAGAAGGAGGAGGAGGGAAGGUGGAAGACGAGGGUGGGGCAGAGCGGAAGGGCGUGGGGAAGGGCGUGGGGAAGGGCGUGGGGAAGGAAUCAAGUAAUCCUAGGAGGGAUUUCCUGCACGAUCUCAAUAUGACUCAGGAGGAGGGGGAGGUGGGGCAGGAGGAAGGCGAGAUGGCGCAGGAAGAGGGGCAGGCGGGGUUGGAAGAGGGGGGCGGGAGAGGGAUGGCGGGUGGGCAGGGAAGGGGAGAUGAUGGACGAAGGAAGGGGUUUAUGGUGGAUAUGAAUAUGGCUUUGGAUGGGGAGGAGGGCGGGGAGGAAGGGAGUGUGGGGGGGGUGGCGAGGAGUGUGGGGUCGGAGAGUGCGGGGAUGGAGAGUGAGAAGGUGGAGAGUGUGGGGGUACCUGGUGGAAAUGAAGGAGGGGACUGGGAAGUUAGGGCAGGUGAGGAGGGGAGGAAGGAGGUGGGUGAAUCAGGCGAGGUGAUGAGAGUGGAAGGGCAGGAGGCAAAAAGGGGUGGAGGAGAGGAGGGAGGGGCGGAGGAGGAAGAGGAGAUGGGGGUGGGGGCAGCAGAUGUAGGCAUGAAGGGAGACAAGCAGGGGGACACGGAAGGGGAAAAGCAGGGAGGUGCAGAGGGGGACGCAGGGGAAAUCAGAGGGGCGGUGCUUGUGGCAGGGAGAGACAGGCAGGGGAGUGCAGAAGGGGGAAAGCAGGGAGGGACAGAAGGGGAGGAGGGAGACGCAGUUGCAAGUGCGGAGGUUGGGGGAGGGAAGAGGUCGAAGAGAGGCGCAGGAGAGGGGGAAACGGGGGGUAGGGAGGGGAGAGAGGGGAAGGAGAAGGGGAAGAGGAGGAGGAAGGAGGGGCGAUUGGCAACAGUGCCAGGGGAAGCUGGUUCUGGCGGUGGUAGGGAGGCAGGUGGUAGGGAUGUUGCUGGAAAGGGGACUGAUACUGAUGGUGGGAAGACGGGAGUGCGAGGAGAGGGAGAGGCAGGGGUAACCGGUGGUGUGGGUGGUGUGCCAGGAGCAGGAGUGGGAGGAGUGGUGGGGGGUGUGGGUGGUGUGGGUGUGGUGCAGAGGGGUGCAAAAAGAGUGAAGGUAGAGGAGGUGGGGGGUGAAGGGAGUGUGGAAGGGGCGGGAGGGAGUGUGGAGGAAGGAGAAGCGGUUGGGAGGGGUGCAGAUGGAGCAGUAACUGAAAGGGGGCCGGAGGGCAGUUCACGCCAUAUUAUUGCGGGGGGCUUCUUUAACGAGGUGACUUUUGAGUUGACUCAAGAGCCACCCCGUUACGCCACUCUGUCAUGUUACACCAUUACAUGGAGCUUCUUCAACUUCCCCUUCACGAUCUUCCUUCCACCCUGCAGCUGCUUUUCCUUCUUGCUUCUUCCCAUCUCUCCCCAUCUCUCCCCACAUCUUCCCACCUCUCUCCACGUCUUCCCACCUCUUCACAUGUCCUUCCCACCACUCCCCACCCCCUCAGGGCUGGACCUGCACGAUCUAGUGUGGUCGGCCCACACAUGCAGCGACCUGCCUUCUCUAGAUGCCCUUCUCGCCCAGACCAUCUCUCUGUGCCAUCGCCACAUGGCCUUCCACCUCAUCUCCCCUCCCCUCUUCCCUUCCCCCCAGGACUCGACCUGCUCGACCUGGUAUGGGCUGGACCUGCACGAUCUAGUCUGGUCGGCCCACGCUCACAGCGACCUGCCUUCUCUCGACGCGCUGCUCGCCCAGACCAUCGCUCUGUGCCAUCGCCACAUGGCCUUCCACCUCAUCUCCCCUCCCCUCUUCCCUUCCCCCCAGGACUCGACCUGCUCGACCUGGUAUGGACUUGACCUCCUGGAUCUAGUCUGGUCAGCUCACGCACGCAGGGACCUGCCCUCAUUAGACGCCCUUCUCGCCCAGACCAUCGCCCUCUGCCAUCGCCACAUGGCCUUCCACGCCGCUGCUGUCUCUGCUGGCCCCUCCUCGCUCUCCCUCGCACACGCCUCCCCCGCCGCCACCGCUGCUGCGCUUGCAUCGGCCCGCUACCACUACUGCUCGCUCGCAUUUGUUUCCAAGAAGAUUCCCGAAGCCUUUGGUCUGCGGCGUACCAGAGAGGCGCUCCUAUCAGUGCUCAUGGCACCAGAUGCAGACGACACAGGUGCAGCAGGAGGGGGGGACCGAGCAGGAGCAGGAGGAGGGGGAGGGGGAGGGGAGAGGGCGUCAAGGAAGGCCACGCCAGUGCUGCUGCAGGCGCUUGCAUGCCGCCUGCUGCUGCACGCCUUUGCUGCUCGCCCUCGCUGGCCCGUCGCCUUCCUAGAGGCCUAUCUCAGCGAUGCCUGCGGCCCACGUCACUGGGUGGACCUGGAUACAUGCAGGGACUUUGUCUCUGCCGUCUCUGCCUGCCUGCCUCACUCCCUCGUCGCUCCCCCGCCUGCCCUGCUCCGCCCUCCAGCUGCCGCCCCACCUGCUGCUGCUGCUCGUGCUGCCACUGCUGCUGGUCCUGGUGGUGCUGCUGCUUCGAGGAUUUCGGCUGCGGCGUCUGCUGCAGCUGAUUCAGCGGAAUCAGGAGGGAAAGGGGUGAAGGGGAGGGCAGGAGGGGGCGGCCCUCCUCGCUCCCCUGCUGUCAGCACCAGCAGCGUUGGUGGGGGCAGCGUGAGCGGUGGUGCUGCUGCAAAGAAAGGGGCGUCAGACACUGCCACGUCAUCGGAGAGGCUCGGAAGCGUCGGCUUGGAUCGGUUCGGAGGUUCGGAAACCGAGGCUGAGAUAGAGCGGCUGUUUGUGGGCAGCAUUCAGCGAAUGGUCAGCUCCGGCAGCAGCAGAGAGAAUCCGAGGCACCUCAUCAGGCUGCUGGUCCUGGGGGCGGGGUAUCCGCUGGUGAGAGUGCAGGCAGCCUCUCUGCUCCCACCCUGGCUCUCCUCCACUGUGCACGCCCGCUCUGCUCGCCUGCUGCUGGAGCGAGUGAUAGCCCUCACACGCGGCACCACCGCUGCUGACUGGCGCACGCUGGAGCACCUGUUGAGCAUCAAGGCGAAGGGGUCGCAGCAGGGAGGCAGCACACUGCCGAUGGAGAUAGCAGCUCAGCUCGUCAACAUUCGUCCUGAAUACGCUGCCUUUGUCAUCAAGGUGACUCCUUCUUAUGCCAAGCUCAAACCCUCUGCCUUUCCCUACUCUCUCCCUUCCCCACUUUCUUCUCUUCACCUCCCCUCUGCCCUUUCUCCUUCCUCUGCACCAAUGCUCAACCCGCACCUCCCAUCCCUCUCCUCCCCACCCGUCGCACGUCCCUCUCCUGUCUCUCCCCUUACCUCUGCCCGUCCCCUCUCCUCUGUCCGCCAUCAGGAGUUCUCAGUGGAUCCAACGCUCAACCCCCACCUCCCAGCCCUCGCAACCAAGCAGCUCUUCCAUCCCUUGCCACUCGCAGCCUCGGCCCUGCCAGAGAGCCUCCUUGUGCCGGCCUACUGCCGCCUCGCAUCACUCGUCCGCACUCUCCUGCUGCUGCACCUCUCUGCUGCCGCUGCUGCUGGUGGUGCUGCUGGUGCCACUGCUGCUGCUGCUGGUGCCACCGCUGCUGCUGGUGGUGCUGCUGGUGCCACUGCUGCUGCUGGUGGUGCCACCGCUGCUGCUGGUGAAUCCGCGUUUGCUCAUGGACAAGGGCGCGCGUACAGGGCUGGGGAAGGGGAGGAAGGGAAAAGGGAGAGGCGGAGGGGAGGAGGGCAGGGGGAUGAAGACGGGGAGCAGCAGAGCGAGCGGUUGACCAAGGCUCUCUUUGAUACAGCAUACGGAGGCAGUGACCUGGUGUGCCACAGUGGUAGCAGCAGACUGCAGCAGCCUCUGCCCCUCGCACCUGCUGAACCUGCCUCUGCACACCUUCCUCCAUCAUUAUUCCCUCCCUUGCUGUCCCUCCCCUCCCUGCCCGUCCCUCACUGCCUCCAACAGACCGAGGCAGUGACCCGGUGUGCCUGUCGGAGUUACUCCCCUCUCCUUACUCACUCGUCUCUUGCCCUUGCCUCUUCCCUGCCUUGUGUCCUCACCUUCUUCCCUUCCUUCUUAUUCUGGCCUUUCCCCACCUCUGUCCCCACUCCUACGGAGGCAGUGACCUGGUGUGCCACGGUGGUGGCAGCAGACUGCAGCAGCCUCUGCCCCUCGCACCUGCCCUCUGCACCCGCUGCUGCUGCUGCUGCUCCUCAGAAUCUCCAAAAGCAGCAGCAGCAGCAGCGAGAGCAAGGAGUGAAGCAGGAGGCAGAGGUGGCAGAAGGGACGGGGGCGGGCACAAGGGAAGGGGCGAUGGGUGCGAGUCAAAUGGGUGCAGAGGGGUCCGGUGUGUCUAUCUUCGAUCUGCUGCGCUGUGUGCUCUUCUUCGACCCCAUCCCGGCGCCCAAGAGAGAGGAGGGCAGUGCAGGGGCAAGGGAUGGUGGAGAGGAGGGGGGCACGAGUGGGGGGGCUGCGGAGGAAACGGAGGAGGAGGAAGAAGGAGUGAGAGUGGUGGAGACAUGGGUGGGGCUGCCAGUGCUGGAGGAGACUCUAGCUCGGGUCAUUCUGCUGGGGAUAUCUUCCCCGGGACCAGGUCAGGACGCGGCCAUGCAAAUGCUGCUGCACCUGCUGGUGCGAGCUGCUACAGUGCCCUCCCUCUGGGCGGGAAGGCUUGUCGUUUCUGGCCCUCAGCUAUCAGCAGCGAUAUUCAAGCUCGCCUCAGUGGUCCUGCCUCGCCCCCUCCUCGCUCUCCACCCGCCCCCUCCCAAGCUGCUCGCUGCUCGCCGCUUCUGGCAGGCCUGCUGUGCCGCCGUCCUCAUCACUGCCCUCUCCGCUUCACCCCCCUCCCCGCCUCCUCCUCCUCCUCCUCCCACUCCUCAACCUUCCUCUGCUCCUCCUCCUCCUGCUGCGCCCUCUUCAAGUGGCGGCAGUGGCGCUGGUGGCUGCUUCCCAUCGUGCCAGUCACCAACGGUGCAGCGCAUGCUGGAAGCACUCUUCAUGCACCAUGUGCCAUCCGUCACCGAAUCACAGCAUGCCACGUGGCAGAGGCAAGCCGAGCAGGACACCCAGGCCUCAGCCCUCCUGCGUCGUCUGCUCUCCUCCUCCUCACCGCCUCCCAUCAAGCAAGAAUGGCACGAAUUGGCUGCCGGUUCGCUCUCUUUCCCUCCACCCUGCCACCCCUACCAGGGUGGAGUGGCGGCCUCCUGGUCAUGGCUGCACGGCUUCCUCUCGAGCAACCCGGCAGUGGUGGCUCAUCUGGCCCCCACCACUCAGUGCGCCAUACUCUACCAGCAGUGGCGCUGGGAGGAUGCGUCCCUUCCCCACUCCGCCCCUCCGCCUCUCUCCCCCUCCCACACGCGAAGCACGGUACAGUUGCUGCAAGCCGCUGUUGCGAGGGAGGUGAGGGAAAGAGGAAAGGCCGAUGGGGCAAUACACGAAGGGGGGAGAGAGAGAGCCGAGGCAGAGGAGGCAGCAGGAGGAAGAGCCGGGGGGGGUGAAUCAACCAAGGGAGGUGCAGUGGUGGAUAUCGUGGGGUUGCUUGCAGGCAAGCUGGCCUCUCGGGAGAUAAACCAGCUGCCCAUGGCAUGGGAUGCUGCGCGCCUGCUGCUGCCUGCAGUGUGCCAUGCUGUGAUGCGAGAAACUCACACCCCCACGAUUGUUGCUUACAUAUCUUACCUGCACUUCUGGUACCGCCAGCAGCAGAGCAACCAAGCUUGCAGGCAGCAACAGGGAGAGGCGACGAGUGUUGGCAGUGGGGAGGUGGAGGAGAAGCGAGGGGAUCGGAAGGUGGGGGUGAGUGAAAAGAUGGGGGAGGAGGAGGUGCACGAGAAGGGAGAAGAGGAGGAGAAAGGGAAGGGGGGAGAGGAGGGAAAAGAGGAGGGAGAGGAGGGAAAAGAGGAAGUAGAGAGAAAAGAGAAGGGAGAGGAGGAAAACGAGAAGGGAGAAAGUGAGGGAAAGGAGAAGGGAGGGGGUGCGAAAGGAGGGGAGGAGGGAGGGGAUGGUGGAAGAGAAGAGAAAGGAGGGGAGGAGGUGGACGAAGAGCAUGAGCGUGAGAAGGAGAGUGAGAAGGAGGGUGAGAAGGAGGGUGAGAAGGAGAGUGAGAAGGAGGGUGAGAAGGAGGGUGAGAAGGAGGGUGAGAAGGAGGGUGAGAAGGAGGGUGAGAAGGAGGGUGAGAAGGAGGGUGAGAAGGAGGGUGAGAAGGAGAGUGAGAAGGAGGGUGAGAAGGAGAGUGGGAAGGAGAGUGAGAAGGAGGGUGAGAAGGAGGGUGAGAAGGAGGGUGAGAAGGAGGGUGAGAAGGAGGGUGAGGAGGGUGAGGAGGAAAGUGAGAAGGAAGAUGGGGGAAGGGCAAGGGAGAAGGGUGGAGAAGGGGGAAGGGCAGAAGGGGCGGAAGAGAAUGCAGGGGGUGUGAUGGGGGGAAGAGAUGGCGGAAGGAGAGAGGACGAAGAUGUGGAGAUGGCAGAUGCUGGGGGUGAGGGAAGUGAGGGCGAUGUUGAGGAGAUGGGCGAAGGGAGCAUAAAAGGAAGAGGAGGCGAAGAGGGAAAGCGGAGGGCGGGGGAGGAGUUGGGGGGUAAGGGGAAGAAGGUGCGGAGUGAGGGGGAAGGGGAGAACGGGGAGGAGGAGGGGAAGGGGGGAACAAAAGGGGAAGAUGGGGGGAAAGAGGAGGAGGAAGGGGAAGAGGCUUUAGAACGACCUCCCUGGUCGCCUGUGGGGAGCCGUGGGGAGGAUGGGGUUGAUGGGGGGAAUGGGGUUGAUGGGGGAAAUGGGGGGGACGAGGGGGAAGAGAUGGAGGAAGGAGAGAGGGAAGGUGGGCAGGAGACGGGGAAGAAGAGGGAUGGGGAGGGUGGGGUGGGAGAUGGAGCAGAGGCAAUGGAAGUGGAAGGAGGAGAAGAAGGGGGAGGUGGGGAUGGUGGGGAUGGUGGGGGCAGUGAGGAUAAGGGUGAAGUUAAUGCUGCUGUUUCUGCUGGUGCUGCCUGUGAUGUUGCUGCUGCGGGGGAGGGGAUGCAGGUGGACGGGAGGAGAGAGGGUGGAGAGGAGGAGAAGAUGGAGGGGAGGGCAGGCGCGAUGGAUGGUGAGAGGCAGAGAGGAGGGGAGGGAGACGAGGGUGUGGGGUCAUGGCAUGUGGUGUGUGUGCUCUGUGAUUUGCUGCGAGAGGCUCUGGAGGGAGGGAGUUCAGGGGGGAUGAGGGAGGAGAUGAGGGAUGGGAUGGGGAAGGAUAUGGGAACGGGGAUGGGAGCGGGGGUAUGGGGGCGGAUAAGGGAGGGAAGGAGGGCUGACGGUGAGGAGAGGGUUCUCUUCGCCCCCGCUGCUGCUGCUGCGCGCACAGACGGCACAGAUGCAUCUGCUGCACUCCCUCCUGCCACUCCUGGGCUUGUCCUUGUUCCCCUGGUGGUUGUGCGGGCAGCUGUGGACGUGCUGUUGCUGCUCUCCUCCCUCCCUGCUCUCUCAUUACCCCCCACCACAACAACUGCUCUCCCUGCUCCUCCUGCUGCUCCCAACACGAGUGCUAUCACUCCUGCUCUGCCUCUCGCCUCCGACGCUGCAAUGCUGCCAGGUGCAGUGCUGCAAGCAAGGAGUGCGUAUCAACGGCUCAGCCGACUGCUCUUCUUGGAUCCUAUCACUCCCGCCUCUGCUCUUGCUGCUGCUGCUGCUGCUUCUGCUGCUGCUGCUGCUUUGCUUCCGUCUGUAGCAGCUGCAGCAGCAGCUUCAGCCACUGCUGUUGGCGCAUACAGCGCUGCCACUGACGGCUCGGAUGCAGCUGUGACAGGUACUGCCUCCGCCAGGGUGUGGCGAGUCAAGUUUGUGGCGGGCAAGGGAGGGGCGGGGAGGGCUUUGCAGGGAGGUGUGUGGGUAGCUGAGGAAGGGGAGAUGGCGGAGAGAGGGGAGGAGAUGGUGGGAAGAGGAGAGGAGGUGUGCCUUGUAACGAAGGAGCAAGUGCUGCUGCUUGGUGAAGGAUGGGGAGUGGAGGGCAAAGAUGGUCGGGAUAAAGUGGGCGAAGGAGAUGGUAUGGGUGGAGCAGGAGGAGGAGAUGGUAUGGAUGUGGAUGGGGGAGAAGGGAAGAAGAGUAGAGAGCUCACUCAGAUAGCAGAUGGCGGAGAAUUAGGGGAAGGAGUAGAGGCACGAGGAGCGGAAGGAGGAAUUGGAGGAGGAAGAGAGGCGAUGGAAACAGAUGCAGCUGACACAGUAGGGCCCGCACCAUCCAUGCCAGACACAGCAGCAGCAGCGGAGGCAGCAGCAGCCAAAGAAAAAGAAGCAGCAGAGCCAGUGACAGCAGCAGCAGCAGAAGCAGAAGCAUCGGCAGGAGGGGUAAGAGAAGAAGGGCUUCAAUCAGGCAGUGCAGGGCAGCCUUGCUGGGUGGAGAAGGGCUGCCCGCUUCUCUCCUCAUCUUUCCUCUUCUCCACUCUCCUCUCUCUCCCUCUCUCAGCGUUCAAAGCCCAGGUGCAGCAGGCAAUGCAGGCAACCUUGCUGGGUGCGGGGAGGGGCGAGCUAGGAACGGAAGGGGGGACAAGCGGGAUAGGACUGAAUGAGGUGACUUUUGAGUCGGCUCAAAAGUCGCCGGAAGAGGGGACAAGCAGGAUAGGACGGAAUGCUGCAAGAGAAGCAAGCAGGGAAAGGGAGGAAGCGAGGGAAGGGGGGAAAGAGAGUGGCAUGGGGGAGUUAGUGGGGCGGCUUGUGCGCGUGUUGGAGGGACUUGUUGGGGUGCAGGAGGAGGGUGAAGGCGCUGCAGCAGGCAAGGCUAGUGGGGCGGAUGCGAGGGAGGCGGAUGCGAGGGAGGCGGAUGCGAGGGAGGCGGAAGCAGUUGGCCAUGAAGGGGAGGAGGAGGGGCAUGGGCAGCAUGCAGGGCAGGAAGGGAAGGAAGGCGGGCAGGAGGACCAGGAGGGGGAGACAGCAGAGCAAGAGGACUUGCAGCAAGGCAAGUCAAGAGGCACUCUCCCUACUGCACAGGACGAGGCGAAGGCUGUAGCUGCUCUGGAAGCACUGCUGCUGCUCGACCCCUCCGCUUCCCACCCCAGCUUCCGCUCCUUCCUCUCUCUCACCCACAGUCACGGACACAAACACAAUCUCGGUCGGUCUCGCGGUCGCAAUCACGCUCGCUCCUUUUCUCCCUCUCCCCGCCUCCUGCUCCUCCCCCGCAUGCUCCAUGCGGCAUAUGCCGCCCUCUCUGACCCACGCGUGCCUGAUGCUGCCGUUUUCAGUCUCGCCUCCUUUCUCUGCCAGCAAGGGGCAGUCUGCGACUUACCCUCAGUACGACAAGGGCACGGUUCGAAGUUACCUGUUGGAGAGGAUGUGAGGGCGGAAGGAGGUGGGGAUGAGGAGUGGAGUGUGUGGGCUGUUCGGGAGUUGGCGCAAGCAGCUCUGAGGUUCAUUGCAGGUGCUUUAGAGGCAGGUCGGAGUGGUGAUGAUCAAAUCAGCGAGAUCGCUACGGUGCGAUCUCAGCCAUCCGUUUUCGUUUUGACAUCAAAGGAAGCAGCGGGGCUCGCUCAAAUCGCUGCGGCUGAGCUGGCAGCUUCUGAUUGGCUGACUGAGCAUGCCGUUUGUCAAAAGGAGGCGCCAAAGCAGCAAGCAGAGGGAAGCAGGAGAGAUGGAGGAGGAAUGUGGGGAGUGUGGAGAGGUGCAGGCUUUAGAGAGGGGGAAGGGGAGGGGGAGGAGGAGAGGGAGCAGGAGGAGGAGAGGAGGCAAGCGGAUGAAAGGGAGGUGGUGCUGGUGCAGGUGUUGACGAGAGCAGGCAGCUUCCUGCAAGCUGCUGAAUAUGCUGAUGUUGCUGCUGGGGAUGCCAGUGGUUGGGAUGCUGAAAGUGCUGAUGGUGGUGCUGACGGUGGUGGCAGCAGCACCCGUACAUCCCGGGCGAUUGUGGAUGAGCUGUGUCGACUCACUCAGCAGCAGCAGUGGAACAACCAGCAGGGCAAUCAGACCCAUCAUUUCAUGGCAGAAGCUGCAUGGAAGCUUCUCGCAGGCCUCUACUGCACAGCGCCAGACGCACUCUCCAGGCACCUUCCUGAGCCGCGGGCCGGUUGGAAGGGUCGUGUGGCCUCUCGCUCUGUCCCUGAAAGAUACGCCCGGGCAUCUGAAACUCUCUCCUCAUUGGCCCGCACUCUCCAGCAGCUCGUUCAGUCCUGCCUGCCCGGACCUUCCUCCGGGCAGAAAAACGAGAUGGGUGCUGAUUUUUCGACAGGGGUGGGAGGGGAAGGAGUGGGGGGAGAGAAGGGAGGGGAGGGGGAGAGGGAGAAUGAAAAGAAGAGGAAGUUGGAGGAGGAAGAGGAGGCGGAGAGGGAGAAGGAAAGGGAGAGGAAGACAGCAAGUACAUUGCUGUAUCUGCGUGGCAUGGCGGUGGCUCAUCCGAUGCUUGUUGUUCCCUUGCUGCCCAUGCUGGCAGCGCAGCUGCAGGAUCUCAUCUCUCUGGUGACCUGCUCGUCCCAGUCACUCAAGGACAAGCCCACUGUGGUGCGACUGGUGGCGCAGCUCUCUGACUUCCUCCUCCGCUGUUGCUCCCACUCUGCUGCCGCUGACAUGCACGUGGGCAUGAAUGGUGCCAUGCAUGCACAAGCGCACAUGGCUCCACAUGGUCCCAUGCGUGCAGACACUCAGACAGGCACAACAAAGAUCUCUCAGCAAGCAGGCUCCCAUCUCAAGAGUCUAGAGCUGGUGCGCGCGCACAGGGGCGGGGCGUUGGCGCACGCAGCAAAGCACUUCGGCAAGGUGAAGAAGCUGAAGCUGCUGCUCGCAACACUGGAUGGUGGAGACAAGCCCACUGUUGAAGGAGAGGGUGAAGGAAGGGAAGGGGACCCGUCGUCGGGGAAAUGGGUGGGGUUGAGCGCAAGGCUGGUUCUUGUGCUGCAAGGCUCAGCGAGUGGCGCUUCAGUUGAGGACGAGUGGUGGCUGUCAGGAGAUGAUGCCUCUACUGCUGCUCGUGGUGCUGCUGCUGGUGCUGCAGCUGGCAUUGAAGCAGGGAAAGCAGCAGGAGAAGGGGCCCACGUGGAAGCAGUGAUGGGAGUGCUGCAGGAGAUAGAGUCAUUGGCAGCACAGCAACCAGCCAGACUAGCCCUUUUCCAGGAACCCCUCUGCAUGGCUCUGCUCUGCUGCCCGUUCCCCCACUCUCCCUCUCUUCCCCCCUCCCUCGCUGCUGUUGGUGGUGGGAGUGUUGCACCUGCUGGGGUUACUGGGUUAGCAGCAGCGGCUGCGGCUGGUG